AAAGUCGUUAAAAAAAACUGUGAAACUAGAUGGAUCGAACGAUAUCAUUCAAUUAGUGAUUUUUUAGAACUUUUUGAGUGUGUACUAGAUGCCCUUGACGAAAUUUGUGAGUGGGAUAAUGCAGACACGUCGAAUCAAGCAUGGGCAUUCCAAAUUACAAUCCUCCAACCGGAAUUCAUAAUUACGUUAGUUACUAUUUCCAAAGUAUUUGGAUUAGGACUUCCACUGUCAAAACAGUUUCAAAAAAUUGAUAUUGAUUUAAAAUUAGCUAUGGAUUUAACUCAAGAUACUUUGACCGAGUUGGAGGAUUAUAGAAAGUACGCACAGAAAAAUUUUAAAGAAAUUUUUUCAGCUGCCGAGAAAAUUGCUGACAAAUUUAAUGUGACAAUGAGUAUUUUAAGAAUUAGUAAAAAACAAGUACAUAGAAUAAAUGUGCAAACUAAUAAUCCUGAAGACUAUUUUCGCAUAUCAGUUUUUAUUCCAUUCUUAGACUCUUUUAUAAGUCAAUUUAAGUUUAGAUUUCUUGAUCAUGUUGUUAUUUUAUCAAGUUUUCACUGUCUAUUUGACGAAAUUUCUACAAUAGAAGAAUUUAAAAAAUUGGCUGAAUUUUACGAAGAAGUCUUAAACGGUAAUAAUUCGUUAGUAGAUGAAUUCCAAUUAUGUCAGAGGAAACUUAAAAAAUUGGAAAUUAAACCAAAGAAUUCUAUCGAUGCACUAAAGUUGUGUAAUGCAGAUAUAUAUCCAGACAUAAAUAAAUUAUUUCAAAUUUUGCUACGCUUCCUAUAUCUUCAGCAUCAAAUUUUUUCAUCUCUCAAAAGAAUCAAAACAUAUCUACGAAAUACAAUAUCUGAG